AUGGCUCCACGCAUGCACCAACCGCAUAUGUCAAAUCCCUUCCAAGGAAUGAAUCCACAUCACGCCAUACCACAGAACUCUCAUUACCCGUCACAGUCCACUCAUCUACCUGGCAGCUUCAACUCACAGCAUGGCUUCGGCGCGAACGCCCUAAAUGGCGGUAUAUCACCAUUCCAACCACCUUCAGCAUACGGAGGAACUGCUUUCAGCACGGGUGCUGGCGCAAGCACGUUCAAUGGUGGCAUGCUCGGAGGCCAAGGUCAAGGCUUGGCAUCAGUAGCAGCACAGCAAGGCUUCGCGCGAGGAGCAGCAAUGCAAGAGCACUCCCACCAAGCAGAAGCCGCUAGCAUGGGUCUGAAGAGUGGAGCACAGGGCCGCAUACGUGAGGUAUGGCGACAUAAUCUUGAUGCUGAGAUGGCAGUGCUGCGGGAACUCAUCAUGAAGUACCCAUAUGUGUCAAUGGAUGCCGAGUUUCCCGGUAUAGUCGCGAGACCGAUCGGCAACUUUGCUGGAAGUAAGGCCGAGUACCAUUACCAAACACUGCGAGCCAAUGUCGAUAUCCUCAAGCCAAUCCAGAUCGGUAUCACGCUUUGGACACCUGAAGGAGAGCUACCACCGACUCAACCCGACCCAGCACUUCUCAGCCAGCUGAACAGCCGUAAAGCACCGUAUCAGCCAAGCGUUAUGUUCUUACCGUGCACAUGGCAAUUCAACUUCGCUUUCGAUCUGAACCAGGACAUGUUCGCCGAAUCAUCCAUCGAAAUGCUGCAAAAAGGCGGGGGUGUCAAUUUCGAGCAACACCAAGAACACGGCAUCACGCUCGAGACAUUCGGCUCCUUACUAAUCACCUCCGGCCUCGCCUUCUCAGACGAGGUGAACUGGUUAUCCUUCCACUCAGGCUACGAUUUCGGCUACCUCAUCAAGCUCCUCAGCAACGAUGCACUUCCAGCCUCCCAAGGCGACUUCUUCGAACUCGUUAAGACCUUCUUCCCGCGGUUGUGGGACAUCAAGUCACUCCUUCGACACGCACAACGUCAGAACCAACUAGGACGUAUGGGCGUAGAAGGUAACCGUGUCCUCUCAACUCUAGGCCAGCGCUCGGGUCUCCAGGACCUCGCGGACGAGUUAGGCUGUAUUCGUGUCGGUUUACCACAUACAGGUGGCAGCGAUGCCUGGCUGACCGGCCAAGUCUUCUGGGCCAUGCGGUCGAAGAUCUUCGGUGGCAGCCUCGACGAGGAACUCGCGGAUCAGAUCUAUGGCCUUCAUGGUGUAGCGGCUCCCGCAAGCCAACAGUAUCGAGAUGAAUUCCUUGCCGCGCAGGGAACGCCUGGACAAGCACAUAAUGGGAUUUCUGGUACUAUUAGUACGUUACAAGGUGGUGCGCAAGGGUACACGCCGAACAAUCCUUCCACGCCUACUUCUACACAUGCUGGUCUCAAUACUACGACGCCUGGUCCUCAGUACGGUGGGCAUAAUCUUGGUGGUGGCUCGCUUGGUGGGCAGUUUGGACAGUUCCAGUAUCCUGGCAAAUAG